UAUCAAUCAGUGACCAUAAAUCGCGGCUGGACGACUGUCCGUGAGCCGAUCGUCUGCCGGUCGUCGUCCCGUUGGAACGUUGAAUACCGAAUGAAAAAUCAACUAAAACACUCGGACUUAGAGCUCACGAUAUACGUCAUUGUAUCGUACGGACGACAAAAAUAAAAUAAUAUCAUGUCCGCGUUACAAACGGCGUUGCGACGUACGACGGGUGUGAUGAUGCCGCCUAAUGGUUUCUAUCCUGCCCGGGUUUGGUGUUCGACCAGAGCUGUACCUGUGGACAAAAAGUUCAGAGUCUUGGACUUGAAGAAAAAAGCUUUUGUGCCCGAUGCGAAGAAAAAAUACAUCAAGACCAUCACUUUACCGCCCAGAGCUUUAAGUAUGCCUGUCGAUCAAGAUUGGUCUAAUGUAUGGCCCGGUCCUAGAACAUUUCAUCCGGCUACUGUGCCAUUAGCAGUACGACAAGGGUAUGAUCCUAAAAGAGCAUCACCCGGAAAAUAUGGCAAUGCUGAACUAAUGAAAAUUCCAAAUUUUCUGCAUCUUACACCACCAGCAGUUAAAAAACAUUGUAGUGCUUUAAAACAGUUUUGUACCGAAUGGCCUAAAGGUUUAGAAACCGAUGAAGAUUGUGAUAGACAUUUCCCAAUGACUACAAUAACAACAGAUUAUUGUCAUUCAUCACCGACAAUCAAAGAUCCAAAAGCCAGAGUAGUUACAAUCAAAAUCAAACUAAGCACGUUUAAUUUGGAUAAACAUGCCAGAGACAAAAUGAUCAGGUUGGUUGGAGACAGAUAUGAUGAAGAAUCUGAUAUACUUACUAUUGUCACUGACCGUUGUCCAACGAGGAAACAAAACUAUGAUUACGGAGUUUAUGUUCUCACAGCCUUGUACCAUGAAUCUAAUACCUUUGAGGAAUGGGAACGACAAAAACAAGAAGCAGACAUGGAACAUUACAUUUGGGAAAACAAUCCAUCAAAAAGAGCCUAUGUUACAUUAACUCGAUGGCCACAAAAGGUUUCUGACGAUGAUGUAAAAUCACAUUCUAUUGAUGAUGAUGUAGUGGGACAGAAAUACAAAGAAGCCGUUACAGAAUUAUUAAACAAUGGCGAAGAUACAUACACUUUGAAUAAAUACAAGGAAGCUGUGCUUGCUGUGGUAUUACCUCAAAAUAUACAGUCUUAGAAAAUUUAAAAUUAGAUAUUUGUUAUUUUGUACAAUAAAAUUAAUUUUAUUCAGACUUGA